AAGACGUCACCGCUGUUUCCCCAGGCCUCUUGAGCAGCCCAGGGGCAGCAGCUGCAGGCACAGCUCGGCUGUCCCGCAAUGGAGCUUCCACCUGCCGACAGCUAAAGGAGGCCGUAGCCAGUUUCCUCAUUAUUCUCCAAGACAUUCCAGCAGCUGCCGUAUCUUUUGCUCCGGAUCUUUUUUUCCUGAGAAUCUCUGUGAAGACAAGUUAUGUCAACAGCUACUUUAAUUAAUUUGGUACGAAAUGGAGGGUAUCAAGUAAGAAGGAGAGCCGUGCUCACAUCCCGCCUCUUGCAAGACGAGAAACGCCCAACGGGCGCCUGCUACGUCUCCAGCUCUGAGCGCCGUGCUUCCCGCUUUGAUCCGGACGGGAGCGGCCGGCCGACCACAUGGGACACCUUUGGCAUCUGGGACAAUCGCAUUGAUGAGCCUAUUCUCCUCCCACCAAGCAUAAAGUAUGGGAAGCCGAUUCCUAAAGUGAGCCUGACCAACGUGGGCUGCGCGAGCCACAUCGGGAAGCGCAAGGAGAAUGAAGACCGGUUCGAUUAUUCUCAGCUGACGGAGGAUAUCCUGUACUUUGCAGUAUACGAUGGACAUGGUGGGGCAGCAGCAGCUGACUUCUGUGAUAAGUACAUGGAAAAAUAUAUUAAGGAAUUUCUUGCUGAGGAGGAGAACUUGGAGAAUGUUUUGAGCAAAGCUUUUCUAGAAAUAAACAAAGCCUAUGAAAGGCAUGCUAAUCUCUCUGCUGAUGCAACUCUGCUGAACUCUGGGACCACUGCAACAGUGGCUCUGCUCCGGGAUGGCAUUGAGCUGGUGGUGGCAAGUGUGGGAGACAGUCGUGCUCUGCUGUGCCGAAAGGGAAAGGCCAUGAAACUCACCAUUGACCAUACUCCAGAAAGAAAGGAGGAGAAGGAAAGGAUUAAGAAGUGCGGUGGCUUCGUUUCCUGGAACAGUCUGGGACGACCUCACGUGAAUGGUAGACUUGCAAUGACGCGGAGCAUAGGAGAUUUGGAUCUUAAAAACAGUGGUGUGAUAGCCCAGCCAGAAACAAAAAGGGUUCAGUUGCAUCACGCACACGACAGCUUUCUGGUCCUUACCACAGAUGGGAUUAACUUCAUAGUGAACAGCCAGGAGAUCUGCGACUCCAUAAGCCAGUGCCAUGAUCCUGCUGAAGCUGCCCACGUUGUUACUGAGCAGGCAGUGCAGUUUGGCACUGAAGACAACUGCACGGUUGUCAUAGUGCCCUUUGGAGCUUGGGGCAAGUACAAGAACGGCGAGGUCAGCUUCUCCUUCAGCCGCAGCUUCGCUUCCAGCGGGAGGUGGGCCUGAAGAUCUGCCACAGCCAUCUUUCCCUGCCAUCAUCUGGACACAGGAGAACAUGUCCAUCUGUUCACAGGCUGACUCAGUGUCUUGUCCAUCUCUUCUGUACCCAGUGUUUAGAAGGUGCCACUGCUCCCUUGGUGCGUAACGCCCCGUUGUUGCUUACGGCUGACUCUGUUCUGCUGCCUGCCUUUAUUCCAGUUGGCACUGAGGCAGCCGUUUGGGAUUGUAGUCCCAGCAGCUCCGCACAUCACUUUGUUCACAUAGACGAGGCUCUGGGCUUUCACCUGAGGCUGGAGGGGUUGCACAGUUGUUCCAUACCUACCUGUAUUCCCCAGGACCCUUAGUGACGUGGCAGCUCUAAGUCUGAGCCACAUGCUGGCUCCCUUGUACGUUAAUACGUGGGGGAACAAACGCACAAUGUUGUUGGGUAGACAGAAAGAGGGCUUGUUGUCUUCCUCUGCUGCAGCCACCCAAAAUUCCCCUGUGCUUCAGGAGAAGUGGGUGAAAAAUAAGGCAGAAGUUUCAGAAGUGUUUAGGUUCUGAUGCCAGUGGCAUUCAGUGUAGCUGUACAACUUCUGAGACAGUGCUGCUUUGCAGGGCUUUAUGCCAUCAUCUGUGAUCCUCUAGCUCCAAGGAGACAGAUUAGGCUGGAGCCACGUGCUGUUGGACAGAUGGGAACCUUUCUCCAUUGGGUCCAAAGCCUGUACAGUCUCUGUGGACCAUGCAGCAGUCCCCUGCCCUGUCUUAUUUUUGCUGUGUCAGUGCUUCACAGCAGGGAAAAAGACGCACAGUUUUGAUACCCAGAGACUCUCAUCAACUUGAAUUUCUUUUCUUUUUUUUUUUUAAAUAAAGAAAAUAAG